AUGAUGGACAGUAAUAAUGACGUAAGUAAUUAUCCUGCAAAUGGUGUUGUUACACGGGUCCCGUUCUAUAGAGGCGGCAAUAAGCGUCGGUCAGGGCAAAGAUAUGAUGGAAGACACAUAAUUACGAGCUAUAACAAGGAUGAACUGAUAACGAAGCGUCAGAACUUAUGUUUCGGUACUAAACUACAGCCAGAAUGGGAAUCUAGGUGCUUGAAGAUAAAUCCCGUGCUUUCGGAUGAUAUACAUCGUUUUAUGGGAAACGAGCAGCAUACUCAGCGUUGGGCAUUGGCUAAGCAUGUAUUUUUAAUAAUUUGUAGCAACGCAAAACGCGUUCCAUACAUAUGGGGAGCGGUAAGUAUAAUCCUUAACAUCAUAUCGCCGGUGUUGCUGCGCAAGGGAUCACCAAAACUAUCGUGGUAUAGUCAUGGAGCGGUAUUGCUAACAUCGUUUUCCAUUUCAUUUCUCACCAGCGGUUUUGAUGCGAUGAAACGCUUCGUUGUUGGGAAAUGCAUUGAUUUCAAAAGAUGUCACGUUCUACAAACAGGGAAACCUCGUCUGAAGAAAGUCAGGGUGUGUGAUUUAGUUGUGGGAAACAUAGUAAAACUAACCUGUGAUGAACAGGUACCAGCAGACAUGAUAAUAUUGGCUUGUAGCAAUCCGGAUGGCCAGGUACAUAUAGAUACCACAUUUGUUGAUGGCAAAAGAGAUCUUAAGGUGAAGGUAUGUACUAAAGAUGCAAAGGUUGAAGCUUCUGUACAUUCAUUCGCCAACAUACGUGGGCAAAUUGUCUGCGAUAGGCCAUCGGCCGACCUUGACAGCUUCGUUGGCGCACUAAGACUCAAAGGCCACCCACGACCUAAAAACUUGUACAUACAUAAUUUUGUGAUGAAGGGCAGCAUAAUUAGGAAUACCGGGACUGUGUAUGGUGUUAUAACGCAUACAGGUCCAGAUACGAAAAUUGCACAAAAUAUUAAAAAGGAGAAUCAAUGCAUAAAAUCCGGUUCGGUAGAAGGUUUGAUUAACCAUUUUACGGUGAUAGUAGGUUGCAUAUAUGUGUUAUGCCUCGUAGUAAGUAUGGGUACUAGGUGGUCCAUACUCUUGGCCUCUGAUAGGCGGAAAAAAGGAACCGCACUGGUCAUCGAAUCUCUUCUUUUUGUUUUAAUUAGGUUCUUUUUAUUAUAUGGAGGACUGAUACCUGUGACCUUACCAGCAAUUGUAGAUGUCUUGCGCUAUGCGUGUAGCACAAUUUAUGACGGACAUACGGAUUACUCGUUUUUCAGCGACGUUCAUGUCAGAGGUCAAACGCUUCAACAUGCACCAGAUACGACAACGGUCUUCCCUGUCACGUGGCCUAUGACGUCGGGGCUAUUGGAUGAACUGGGUUUGGUUGACAUAAUUUUUUGUGACAAAACGGGCACGUUGACGUCAAAUGAUCUAAAGGCAUCUCUCAUAACUGUAGGAAAUAAAACCUUCGACACAUCAGGCGACAGGACCAGUAUUCACAGCAAAAUAGAGAAUGAAUUGGAACAAAACCCUAGAUUCGACACACUGAUGAAGUUGAUGUGCCUAUGCAACGCCAGUGUGCCCGUCACUAGUGCACCCAGCCUUGAAAUAUUUACAUCUCCAAUACGCAUGACGACAUCUAGUUCUCAAGGGUUGAAACACAGUGCUUCAGGAAAUUCUGAUAUAUCUCUUGGCAUUUCAAACAACAAUCAAUACCCUUUGCGCCCAUCCAAGAGUAGAAUUCAUUUUGGAAAUGUAUCAUAUAUAGAGCCGUUAAACUCACUAAAUUUCGGUCUUAAGGAUAUGGAUUCGAUGAACAAUUCAAUGGAAUUCGGUGGUGAAGCGGCGGAGAAUGAGGGGGAUAGUGAGGAGACAUAUGCAACAAAUGCGUUUCCUCAUAGACCAAGCCGAUCCAACCAGAUAUAUUACAGGUCACCACAUAAAGAAGAUGAGUGUAUGCUGGAUAUAUGUCGCGAGUUUGGUUAUAAAUUGACGCAUCGCUCCAAGUCACAUAUCAAUCUUGAGGCUCGGGGAUUACAAGAGGAGUGGAAUAUUGUUGGUUUUAACACUUUUAGUCCUGAAAGACGUCGAAUGUCAAUGGUAGCUUCCAGACCUGACCAAGAUGGUUCUACAAUAUUCGUUAAAGGCUCAGCUGACACCAUGAUGAAUCUCAUUAGACUAACGACGGAAGACGAACAUCGCGAUAUGUCGGCCCUGUCAAUACGAAUUGAGAAGCUUACCACUGCAGGAUUCCGUGUUUUGGUUUGCGCAUACAGAGAUCUGUCUCGGGAGGAAACACAGUUAUACCAGCGCCACUUCACGAAUGCGGAAGAUUCGGUUUACAGUGCAGAUACACUUCACGAAGAAGCUGCAAUAAUGGUUGAACGACGUCUAACAUAUCUAGGAUUUGUUGCUUUCAAGGAUGAGCUUCAGGCAGGAGUGCCUGAAACACUUGAUUUGCUAAUGGAGGCAGGAAUUCGCAUAUGGAUGACAACGGGAGAUAAUCGGCAUGCUGCGAUUGAGGCAGCGUAUCUAUCGAAAUUGCUGGUGCAUCCGUGCCGUAUAUUUGAUUGCAAGCUGCCUACCAACAAACUGGAUGACUCGCCACAUAAGGAUUGUGGAGCUCUUUAUGAGGCCUUCCUACAGCAGAGAGCUGAGAAGACACAAUCGGAACAGAUUUGCCUAGUCGUAGAUGGAAAGGAUUUGAAGGAUUUUUUGACAAACAGUACGAUGCAAACAUACUUCGUCAACAUGCUGUGCUUCGCCGACGUGGUUUUGGCAUGCAGUUUGACGCCGUGCCAGAAAGCAGAAUUUGUAAGAUUGGUUAGGGUUCGUUUGACCCCUACACCAGUGACACUAGCAAUAGGCGAUGGUCUCAAUGAUGUCAAAAUGAUGCAGGAGGCGCAUGUUGGUGUUGCAGUAUUGGGCUCUACACCCGAUGCCGCAGCUUAUGCUGAUUUCGUAACUACGCAUUUCGCAGGACUGAGAAGUUUAUUGUUUUACCAGGGUAGCAAUGCUCUUCAGAUAAUAGCAAUAGCUAUAUAUUGGAGUUUUUUCAAAAGCCUUUGUUUAGUGAUGCCGAUUUUUUACUAUCAGGGGCACACUGAUUGGGUCGGCUUAGAUUUGUACGGUUCUUUUGUCCAGCUUCUUUUCCAUCUGCUAUUCACCGCAUUUCCGGUUACCUUUUGCGCCUUGUUCGACAGACCGUUGUCUGAACCGAUGUCAACAAAUUUGCCGAUACUUUAUACGUUAUGUAGGCGUCGUUUCCAUGUUAAUUUACUGCGUUUGGGAUUUUGGAUUUUGGAAGGCAUAUUGUCAUCCAUAUUUUGUUACCUUAGUAUUCAGACUACCACUUUGGAAUCUCCAAUCUUCAGCGGUGGAGGUACCAUUAGUGCGCGAACUUUUGGACUAUUAUGUUCCUUAGGUACCCUUCAGAUGUCCAAUACUCGUCUUCUUAUGGAAUCAUUCACUAGGAACAACGCCUUCGGUAUUGUAUUCACCUUGGUAUUCAUUUUUGCGAUGCCCCCCUCAUUUCUUGGCCUUUGCUUUUUGUUCGGAGGCAGAAUUCUCAGAAAUGCUACCUUACAAGUUGCGCUCUGGCAACCCGUGUAUUUUUUAAUUCCUGUUUGGUUGGGAAUAGGGGCAGUAUUUCAUGUGGCAUCCGCUUUGACCCAGGCGUUAGUUUCGCCGAAUAUAGCCAACUAUGUGAAGCAUUGGGUGUCUACACAAAUGUGUUAUUGUGCAGCUCAGUCAAACAAUCCGUCUACCACGGAAAGCUCCAAAUCUGUAGGCACGAGUCUUCCCACAGUUGAUGGAAUGGUUCAGAACGUGCGGCAAGUGCACAAUUGGUGUGAUCACAUGCUGCAACGGGUAAGAAAGGAAUUCAAUAUCCAUGGAAUGGAUUCCUGGAUACGCAUGAUACCUGCGGCCAGGCCAUUUAGAGUGCGUGAAGGCGAUUUGUCAGUUACGCAACCGGUUGCAAUAACUUCUUCGUCUAGCUUUUCGAAGGACAACAUUGAAGAGGACUUGCAUAAACAGCAGAGCGAUGUUAACGUCCAAAACCAACGCGCAUCGUAUUUAAUUGAUCGUUUUACGUUGCGUUUUAAGGACAUGCAACUAGAGGCUGAUUACAGACUUCAUAAACGACGCAAUCAUUAUAGAACAAAUCGUAUCUGGUAUAGAACCGUUUUUCUGGCAAUCGGUCUUUAUUAUAUUUUUGGUUGGAUAUUGGAUUACCUUAUAAAAGUGAGUUACAAUCAAGAAACGGCAAUAUAUACUAUUUUACCACCAAUUUGUGUCACGGCGUUGGCAUUUGGUUGCGCGAUUUUAACAUUCCAUCCAACGCAUUUCAUGCAUCACAUUAACAAGGUUCUGGGAGCUCUUGUAUCAUGUAUGAUAUUGCAGUAUGUUGUUACCUUGAGUUUGAUGGAGCCAUUGAGUUCCUUACAACCCAUAUUAUUCCCAAUUUUCACUUUCGUGAUUCUGCACAUAACAUUCAUUUAUGCUUUGCUGGCUAACGCAAUUUUCGUAGUUUCCACCAUACGGAGUGUUGACAAGUCCAUUCACACUGUGCCUUUAUUUAUUGGAAUCAAUGUAUUUGUCGCAUUUGUGGGUUAUCGGUUGGAAUAUAACAACAGGAAGAAUUUCUUAUUCGAAUUUUCUGCGAGGAACGCGCGAAAAAAGCAAAGCGAGUUGUUAAACACUAUGCUACCAAAUUUUGUUGUUUCUAAAAUGAUAAAUGCACGAUUGAAUGAGGAUGGAAUCCCUAUAGGUUUCGAAGCUGAGGAACAUGCAGUUGUGUCGGUCUUGUUUUGUGACGUCUAUCACUUUCAGAACUUGGUAGCCACCGUGGAACCAACUACUCUUGUGGAGCUUCUGGAUUCUUUGUUUCUAGCGUUCGAUAGGUGCGCGGAACAGUUUGGGGCAACAAAAAUCGAAACUGUUUUUGAAACUUAUUUGGCCGCUUGUGGCUUAUCGCGGGGCAUUGCCCCUUGCCCGUAUGAAUCAGCAGCAAAUGCUAUUGACAUGGCAUUGGCUAUGAUGGAAGCAUCCAAGCAAAUACAUUACUCUUAUAUAAGUGAAUGCCAUGAUGGGUCAUAUAUGGAGCAAAGUGAAUCUGUGCUUGUGAAGAUCGGAAUUAAUUCGGGUAAGGUCAUAUCUGGUUUGGUAGGUGCGAAGAAACCACAGUAUGCUCUUUUCGGAGACACAGUCAAUACUGCCAGCCGGAUGAAAAGCAUGGGAGAAGUGGGUUACAUACAUAUAACGGACGACACAUACAAUUUGGUGAAGGCCGAUUCAACGUUGACGUUCAGUCACCGUGAGACCUUCGUUAAGGGCAAGGGUAUGAUGAAAACACAUUUACUGAUUUCUGCUGAAGGGUCGGCAUAUCCAAACUUCGAGAGUGUAGAUACUUGUGGCACCGCGAAUGUUUAUCGAGCUAAUACAAGCGAUGAAAUGGGCUCGCGAGAUGUGCCUGUUGCGAAGAUAGGCGAGGGAAUAGUUGACCAUGAACGAGGUGCACGCAACAAAUCACCCGAAAACAACAACAUACUGUUCGAAUGCCUAGACAAAAGCCAUUCAUUGAACAUCUCUGAUGACAUCUGCCUGCGUAGCAGCGUUGACACAGCAAUCCCAGCUGUAGCACAUGCCAAUGAUUAUGAACGUUCAUGCUCACGAAAACUACGAAUAUCAGCUGCUGUAGGAGCGCUAACAGAAGAAGAUGAUGGAGUAUUCUUAAAAGACCAACCUGGGCUGCUGCGACAUUGCAGCAUGUAUAGCACAGGUGCAGCUUCGACAAAUUCGGUUCAAUCACGCGCGUCUAGGUGUCUUAAUUUUUUGCGGAGGGCAAACACAAUGGCGUUGCGUCACAAUACACUUAGUGCUUCAAGCCCAAUACAUUCGAGUAGUUUUACACGACAAAACGCUCAGGAUGAGGACGACGAAAUUAAUAGUGGGAUAGAUGGUAGUGACAUGCGGAUGAAGACCAAGGAGUGGAUAAUGUUAAAGUUUACGGAUAAAUUACAGGAAGAUCGUUACAGAUCACACUUUUACCAUAACAGGGCAAAUAUAAACACGAUUGAGCAAACGUUAGUGAUCUUCCUUAUCACUUUCGUAGCGCAGAGUAUUCUUGAAAUCGCAAUCCCCCGAAGUUUCGAAGACGACAGUAAUAUGGAGAGGCUACUGUUUAUCAAAUACGUUCAAUAUUGGACAGUGAGAUCUGUAUACAUUACCCUUGUGUUUGUCAUGUGGCUAUUGUUCCAUUUCAACUCAUUUUCGCGGCGCUCAGAAUCCAACACAACAAUGUGGCUAACAUUCUUUUUGAACUUACUCUUCGUUAGUGCAGCAUGCAUUUUCGCUCUUUCAAAUUCCUGGGCGGUUGCAGGGAGCGGAGUGUAUUCCCAAUAUCUCAAUCUAUGGCUUCCAUCGGACAGCAUUGAAUUUUAUUUUUAUAUUGUGGUGCUGCAUCAUAGUAGUGGGAUGCUCUUCCAGACGUGUUUAUUAGUGGAUACAUUAUUCGUGAUAAUUUCUAUGACUUUUAUCUCCUCCAGUGUUGUUCAAACUGCAACAACGUCUAUCACGCUGUGCAGCAUUCCUUGCUACAUAGUCUUCAAUUUGAUAUCUGCUCAUUGCAAGGAAGCUAUAGAUAGGCGUGCAUUCCAUUCUAACGAGAAGGCCCGGAUGAUAGAGGCACGUGUAGGACAGAUGCUCAACGAUAUGCUGCCAAAGAGUGUUUUGGAAGAAUUCAAAAGCGACAAGUUGAAAAUGUCAUAUUGUCACGAAAAAAUGUCAUUUCUGUUUUCCGAUAUCGUUGGUUUUACGUUGUGGGCUAAUUCUGUAGAUGCAUGUGAGGUAAUUGCACUCUUACAAAGGUUGUUUGCGCGUUUCGACAGAAAUAGCACAAAGUUUGGGUUAUACAAACUUUGCACAAUUGGCGAUGCGUAUGUAGCUGUUAGUGAGCCGGCUAUUGAAGUGCCGUCAGAUCAAGAGGCAAUUGCCAAUAUCGAGGGGAUCCUUCAAAUGGCAUACUCCAUGAUUAGAACUAUUCAAGACGUCAGAGAAGCUUUUAACAUUCCAGGUCUGAAUAUGAGGAUCGGGUUGCACUACGGCUGUUCGGUGGGAGGGGUUGUUGGUUCCGGGAGGCUUCGUUACGAUCUCUGGGGUAUGGACAUUCACACUGCAAAUGCCAUGGAAAGCAAUGGCAUUCCAGGUAAAGUCUGCGUUUCGGAAAGGUUGAAACUUAUAUUGAUGACAAAUUUCCCCAAUCGCUUCGACUUCACCUUCAAUAACGACAUACAGGUCAUAGAUCGAUGUGUCAGAAGUUACAUUCUAACGACAGACUCGAGUGACAGUUCAGCAUUUUAA